AUGUUUGGGAUUCAGGAAAAUAUACCAAGAGGUGGGACCACCAUGAAAGAGGAACCGCUGGGAGGUGGGAUGAAUUCAGUCCGAUCAUGGAUGCAUACAGCAGGGGUAGUGGAUGCUAAUACAGCCGCCCAAAGUGGUGUGGGGCUGGCUCGGGCACAUUUCGAGAAGCAGCCGCCUUCCAACCUCAGGAAGUCCAAUUUUUUCCACUUCGUCCUAGCUUCUGUAACGCAGGCAGGGCAGCCGGUGGAGAUCGAGAGGACGGCUUUUGUGGACUUUGUGGAGAAGGAUAAAGAGCCAAACAGUGAAAAAACUAAUAAUGGAAUUCACUACAAGCUGCAGCUGUUAUACAGUAAUGGAGUUAGAACUGAACAAGAUUUAUACGUUCGGCUAAUUGACUCAAUGACCAAACAGGCAAUUAUCUACGAGGGUCAAGACAAGAACCCCGAAAUGUGCAGAGUGCUCCUAACACACGAGAUUAUGUGCAGUCGAUGCUGCGACAAGAAAAGUUGUGGCAACAGGAACGAAACGCCCUCAGACCCUGUGAUCAUUGACAGAUUCUUCCUAAAGUUUUUCCUCAAGUGUAAUCAGAACUGCCUGAAGAAUGCAGGGAAUCCAAGAGACAUGCGACGAUUCCAGGUCGUUGUAUCAACAACAGUCAAUGUGGAUGGCCACGUAUUGGCCGUCUCAGACAACAUGUUUGUCCACAACAAUUCUAAACAUGGAAGGCGGGCCCGCCGCCUUGACCCCUCAGAAGCUACGCCAUGCAUAAAAGCGAUCAGUCCAAGUGAAGGCUGGACCACUGGUGGAGCUACCGUCAUCAUUAUUGGAGAUAAUUUCUUUGAUGGUUUACAAGUGGUAUUUGGAACUAUGCUGGUGUGGAGCGAGCUGAUCACACCCCAUGCCAUCAGAGUCCAGACCCCACCCAGACACAUUCCUGGCGUUGUUGAAGUCACACUUUCCUACAAAUCCAAGCAAUUCUGUAAAGGCGCCCCUGGAAGAUUUGUUUAUACCGCACUGAAUGAACCAACCAUAGACUAUGGAUUCCAGAGAUUACAAAAAGUUAUUCCAAGGCAUCCAGGAGAUCCUGAACGGUUACCAAAGGAAGUAUUACUGAAGAGAGCAGCAGACCUUGUUGAAGCCUUGUACGGGAUGCCACACAACAACCAGGAGAUAAUCCUGAAACGAGCAGCUGACAUUGCUGAAGCAUUAUACAGUGUGCCACGCAAUCACAACCAGAUCCCCUCGCUUGCCAACACUCCAUCUCACAGCGGCAUGAUGGGCGUAAACUCGUUCAGCAGCCAGCUAGCAGUUAAUGUUUCAGAGACAUCGCAAGCUAAUGACCAAGUAGGCUACAGUCGUAAUACAAGCAGUGUAUCACCACGAGGAUACGUUCCCAGCAGCACCCCACAGCAGUCCAAUUACAACACAGUCAGCAAUAGCAUGAAUGGGUAUGGAAACACUGGAAUGCCCAAUUUAGGAGUUCCUGGCUCACCUGGGUUCCUGAACGGCUCAUCCGCCAACUCUCCCUAUGGCAUAGUACCGUCAAGUCCUACAAUGGCAGCCUCCUCGGUCACCCUCCCUUCAAACUGUAGCAGUACACACGGCAUUUUCUCAUUCUCACCUGCAAAUGUCAUCUCUGCAGUAAAACAAAAGAGUGCGUUCGCUCCAGUCGUCAGGCCCCAAGCUUCCCCUCCACCAUCCUGCACCAGCGCAAACGGUAAUGGACUUCAAGAAUCUGGAGAGGAAGAUGGUUGGGGAGGGUAUACUACAUGUAUAGGAAGUGGCAUCUCUGUCCUUUUUCCAUUGGGCGUUUGCUUUGAGAAUGGCACAAAACACCAGAGACUUCAUGAUUCAAAAUCUAUGUCGGGUCUUGUAGUUCCACCAAUGUAAAGUCACUUUUGUCUACUUGCUUGUAGCAUCAAGCUUCAGAAGAAAGCUUCAGGGGACACAUUUAGUGUAUUAAGGAGUACUGACGGAAACCAGUAUCUUCAGAACAAAAAAAACCACCGGGAAGCGAAAUGCUACAAACUCUUUGUUUUACAAAGAUUUUAUUUGAACUUAUUAGAACUCGACCUGCAAAACGAUCUUCAUGAACAAUUCCAUUUUGUCGACUGAACUUUUCUCAUAUUUUUCACCUUUCUCAAUCCUGAAGAAGAUGGGGGAACAAAAGCGACGUCUAUUUUGUACAAAGUUUCUGAUUAUGUCUUGGCUAUGUCUAGUACUUGCUCUAUGUUGGGACAAAAACAUUGUGGAUGCACCGUUCCGAAAUUUUCAUGAAACACUGAUGAAAAAUGCCUCAGAACAUUUUUCAAAUACUCAUUAUUGGACUCACAAUGGUUGUGUAUCUCUAUAAUGUGAAAUAUUUUUUUUUUGUGGUGGAAAAGGGGGCCAAGGAGGUUUGAGCCAUCAAACUGGAAAAAAAAUAAAAAUAUAUGAAUCAUUUAAAUUGGGAGGGUAGGGGAAAAAGGGGAAACUUGGGCGGGGAAAAGGGUUUAUCAUUGCUUAACUUCAUCUUAAUGAAAUGGAACUUUGUAACUUAUUGUAGUUAGGAAUUGUAACUUUGAUAUUGAAUUCUCUUGCCUUCAACAAGCACACUGACAGAGGGGGAUGCUACUGUCUGUUGGUUCCAAUAUACUUCCACUGCUAGAGCUUCCUGUUAAGCAAGUGUGACCUGCAUCAUUUUUUUCAACUUCUUGCUCGCACUGUAUACUAUUGCAUUCUUAGGCUACUGUGAAGUCUAUGUUUCUUGUACCAGAAAAUUGUCCUUUUGACUUCUAGAACCUUAUUCCCUAAUGUGUUUUGUAUGUGGUUAUAAAAUUGUAGACUUUUGUGAUUUUGCCAAAGUUGUAGCUAAAUAUUUAUACACUUGUCUUGAAAUUUUUUUUUUUCAGAUCCACUUAAAAUAUUUGAGAGCCUAUUUUAUUCCUUAUGCCUUUUUAUGGGGAAUAAAAUAAUCUUGACACUUUCUUUCACGUGAACACUUGCAGUCACUAAGGGAAUUUAAUUUUGUAACAUAUCAAUUAUAAAUAUUGUAUUUAUCUUUGAAAUUUUGUAUAUUGCUUUCCAUUGUUUUAUUUUAUGUUCUUGUAUGUAUGUAUUAUUAUUAUAAUUAUUGUUAUUUUUCUAUUUGUUUAAUGUUUUUUUUUUUUAUGUUGGGCUGGUGUUGAUGUGCUGAGAAAAAUCAGCAUUAAGCCAAGAAAGGUUGCCUUCAUACUGUAUGUUCUUUUUUUAAUGAAUCAUGGUGUCCAUAAAUUUCAUUUGUACUUUCAGAAAUGUGCUAUUGUUUAGACCUUCCGUCCUUUUUUUUAUAGUCAAAUUCAUUCUUUAUUUUUAUAUUAUUUUUAAGUUAUCUGAACAAAUGAUUUUUUUUCAAAUAAAAGUUGUUUGUUGUAUAGUCAAAAACAAAAAAUUGUGCCACAUGGCUGUAAUUAAUAUUAGUAGAACAAAAAUGUGCAUGAUUACUCAACCACAAAUACCACGGGCUUUGUGGUUGUAUGUUUAUUUUAACUUUUUUUAUUUUUAUUUUUUUUAUAGAAUGUAAAAAUCAUUUUAGCUGCCACUCAUAAGACUUGCCACAUAGUAAAAACUGUGCUUACUGGACAAAUUCAGAGGCCGAAAAUAUUCAAUAUAAAAUUCACAGCUGAUAUUUUGAUUAAAAAAGUUUGCCACAUUAGUUUCUCUGAUGCCUUAUAGUUAUUUUCUUUCUUCUUUUUUUAAAUUUUUUAUUUUUGCGCUAUUUAUCACAGGCUUACACCAGGAUUUCUAGUUAUCACAUGAUUACUAUGAUUUCUGGUGUAAAACUAAAAAUAAAUAGAGGGAAAAAAAGCACAAUCCUGGUAUAAAAUGAUGUCACUCCUUUUCUACAUCUGUCUUCUGCUGCACUCUGCACUCUCAAGCUCAUGCACUGUUUCAUAAAAAUUCAACGGUAAUACUCAACUUUUUAUAUAUUUUCUAAUGGACAUUUUUUGUAGCAAGUCCCAGUAGCUGAGACUUUUUAAUUGGGAAGACGUCCUUGGUAAACGAUACGACCCAUUAGUGCCAAAAUCAUAGUUUGUAAAGGUGACGGACUGGUUAAUAUUUUUGUUUUCCUUUGCACUAUAGACAUUGCUAUUACAGCGGUGUGAAUACUUUUGCAAACUGCAGCAGAAUUAAAUUUCUACACAAAAAGGAGAGACAUUUUAUUUUAAUUUCUAGGCAAAACGCAUAUUGGUAAUGUGUUGUAAAAUAGUGGAAGCUAUGGUAUGACACAGACUUGAGAUGCUUUGCACACUUAUGUUAUGAGAGCCGAUAGGCUUAGCUAAAUGGGAAAAAAAUCGAGACACUUUUAAAAAAAAAUUAAAAUUAAAAAAAGCCUAGUUUUUAUUUUGUAUAGGAAAGGUUCAAAUAAAGAAAAAAAAAAAGAGGUCAUGUGUACAUGUUAAAACAUUUGCAAGUUAUUUCAUUAAUGCAGUCUGUUUGUGUUCUAGAUUAGUUAGUCAGUUCACACAAUGUCUCCAGAAUGAACGCUUCACUAAAUGGUAGAUCUUACUGUUAAAGAC